CAUGAGCUCGAUACAGGAAAAGGUGCCGAUUGAUAUAGCGAUUGUUGGAGGAGGCAUCGGCGGGCUUGCUCUGUCGAUUGGUCUGCAGCAAUAUAGCCAUGUCCGAGUCAAAAUCUACGAGGCUGCCUCCAAGAUCGCUGAGGUUGGUGCUGGCGUUUUCUUUGGUGCCAAUUCUAUUCGUGCUAUGACCCUCAUCCAUCCUGCUAUCGGAGAAGCCUAUGCCAAGAUCUCGACCAGCGCCGGUUGGGAAUCAAAGAGAAAUAUAUAUUUUGAUUUCAUCCUCGCGCAUGAGCUUCAUGGUUUGCCCACAGGAAGCCACAUCAUAUCGCCCAAGGUUGCUGCGUCUGAGCGACACAGCACUGCUCACCGCGCACAUUUCGUCGACGAGCUCAUCAAGCUCGUGCCUGAUGGCGCCGUCGCUUUUGGCAAGCGCUUGACAGACACCUCGCGAGAUGAGGGCAGGAUGAAGACGGUCAUGAAGUUUGCUGAUGGGACCUCUGCUGAGGCCGAUGCGGUGAUUGGAUGCGAUGGCAUUCGAUCCGUGUGUCGAGAUUUUGUGCUGGGAAAAGACAAUCCUGUCUCUAAGCCGGUGUUCACAGGUAAGCACGCGUAUCGCGGUUUGAUACCCAUGGAUAAAGCCAUUGCCGCGAUUGGGCCUGAGAAAGCCAAAAACCGCUUCAUGUUCCUAGGUGUAGGCGGCCAUGUCCUCGUGUUCCCCGUGGCGGAGGGCGGCGUUAUGAAUGUCGUUGCUUUCAGCACGACCAAGAGUGGUACUUGGGAGGGAGAAUGGGUCAAGCCCAUGAAACGAGCUGAUUUGGCUGCUGAUUUCCAGGGCUUUGGAGAGGAAUGUCAGAAGAUAUUCUCGCUGAUGGAGAAUACCGAUCACUGGGGAAUAUUUGACCUCUCCCCAGAAAUCCCAACUUUCUCCUCCGGCCACCUUCAUCUUCUUCUCCUAGGCGACAGCGCACAUGCCUGCGCGCCUCAUCAAGGUGCCGGUGCUGGCCAAGCGCUAGAAGACGCGCACAUUCUCUCCCACAUCCUGGGCGCCUGCCGCUCCCCAUCCGACUUGCUUGCCGCAUUUGCCGGCUAUGAAAGUGUGCGCAUGCCACGCACGAAGUUUGUCCAGAUCUAUGGCCGACGCCAGGGAGAGCUGUUGGACCUGCAGUGGGGGGAUGUGGGAACCGAUCUGGAGAAGUUGAAGGCGAUUAUUGAUGUUCCCAUUAGAGAGAUUUGGAACUGUGACUUAGACGCUGAGCUGCAGAAGGCGCGAGUGAUAAUGCAGAAAAAAUUAGCUGAGUUGGAUGCGGAAACUCCGGUCGUGGCUUGAGUAAGCUGAAAGUGACAGAAUGAAUGGUGUUUGAAGCUGUUCUCUUGUGAAAGAUUCUC